GAUGCUUCCUUGCGCACCGUUCGCGCCGAUGGAGGGAUGCCAGGAGGAGAGGAACGCACAGACCGAGUGCAGCAGAUUGACAGAGGAGAGAGAUGAGGCCCAGAGACAACUUACACACAUCAAGAGAGUGUCCCAGAUGGUGAUCGAGGAGGUGAGCGUGCUGCAGACCCAACUGGAAAUCGAGAAGUCCUGUCGAGAGAAUGCAGAGGCUCUGGCCACAAAGCUGAACAGUGAGAACAGGAAGCUCAAGUACCUGAGCUUAUCCUCACGCCCAUGUUUGGACGAGUUCCUGCCCAGUAUCUCUGACUGCAUCGUCACGGAAACAGAGGCAGAUGCUAUGGAUACGGACGGUGGCCAUGACACCUUUGCACAGUACCAGCAGCAGGUCAAAGAGCUGAGGGAGACUGUCAACAGUCUGCUGGAAGAGAAGAAGACUUUAGUGUGUCAGGUCCAUGAACAGCAGAGACUCAUCACAGAGCUAACCACACAGGCGCAGAGGGACCAGGCGGAGAUCACAGAUCUCAAAGAGACUGUGGAGACACAGAAGAAGACCAUCAAGAGGUUCAACAGAGUGUCUGUGAUGGCGGCACAGGAGUUUGAGGAGGUGAAGGAGCAGCUGGACCUGGAGCAGAGCCUCAGAGUCAAAGCUGAGGACUACGCCCAUGAGAUGCUGGUGAAGCAGAAAGAGGCGAAUCGUCAGAGCAUGGUCCUGUUGCAGAGCUGUGAGCCCAGCGAGCAGCUCCUGAAGGCCCUGGAUGACCUCGCCACUGCCACCAAGACUCUGGAGGAGGAACGCAGACACCACCAACAACAGGUGCAGAGUCUGGAGCAGCAGCUGGAGCAGAGCACACUCUUAAAGCAGGUAGACACCCUGCAGAAACAGCUGAUCCUAUUGGACGAGGAGAAAAAGGAGGUGGAGUCACGGCUGGAGCAGGAAAUGAGGAGGAACACUGAGCUACAGCACAGAGUGUCUGAGCUGCACCAAGCCCCGCCGCCUGCGCCUGCCUUAGCCCCACCCCCUGCCCCAGGUGUAGCCCCGCCCCCCGCGCCAAUUCCUCAUCCCCCGCCUCCCCCUCCUCCUCCACCACCCCCUCCUCCACCUCCCCCACCCUCCAGGUGUAACCCAAUCAGCUCUCUGAUCGCCAUCAUGAGGAAGUCCUCCAAAGGAUCCAAGUCCAGCGUGAAGACUGAGCAGCCCCAGGCAGAGACAGAGGGCGUGGACGAGGUGAAGGUGAAGGCGGUGAACGAGAUGAUGGAGAGGAUCAAACAUGGCGUGGUGCUGCGGCCAGUCAAAGCUCCAGACACCAAGGCGCUUCCAGUGAGCGAGGAGAAGCAGGAAAGUGCCAUGGAGGAGCUCAAGGGAAUCCUGGAGACAGUGAAACGCAGUCCCAGUCGAGGCUCUCAGGACUCGGCCUCCUCUCCUCAGCCCAAGAAGGACUCUGAGCUGGAGCUGAUCCUGCGACGGAGACGCAACAAGGCCGGGGAGUCUGGAGAUGAGCGUGAGGGCCAACUCAAUCACGUCUCCUCCUCAGACAGUCUGAACAGUCGCAGGGCCAGCUCGGACUCCACCCGGGACGCUCUGGGGGUGCCCUCAGACCAGACCAGACCAGCUGUGAGUCCGGACCGCAGGGGGUCUGGACCGGGACCCAUCGUGCCCCGGAGGAAGAGCUCGGACUGUGGAGGAGCCAGAAGAGAAUCCUGCAGCUCUGUGUCUGAGAGUAUAGUCACCAACGGAGCCGUUCACAGUGGAGCAGAGGAGGACCAGGUCUCAGCUCAAGUCCAGACCAACGGGACAAACGGAGUGGACCACAGAGAGGACACAGACACACUCAGGGACACGGGGACAGUCCAGGGAGCCCUAGAACAGUCCUAAGAUAUCUCUGCAAAAAUCACGUAUUUAUUCAAAUCUCCAAAUACUGAUUUAUUAAACUAAUGAACUAAUUAAACUAUAGCAAACGAA